AUGCACCGUUUAAGCAGUGUUGGUUUAAUACGUGCAGGGGUAACGAAAUGUGUACGCCCCUUGUCCUCAAGUGAGAGAGUUUUCAAGAAAUAUACACAAGAUUCGAGCAGCAUAUUCGGGAGAAGAGGUUACCGGAUUACACCCUCACUGUUUGAUAUAAAGACAAUCGAGACUCCAACGUUUCCUGAUUCUGUACAGGAAGGAGAUAUAGCUUGGUUGAAGGAAGUUGGGGAUACUGUAGAGGAAGAUGAAGUAAUCGGGGAGAUAGAGACUGAUAAAACAACUCUCCCUGUUCAGUCACCUGCUGCAGGUGUUCUAACUGCAUUGUUAGUUGAAGAUGGUGACACCAUUUCCAAAGGAACUCUUCUCGCCAAUAUAGAUGUAGGGGCAGCAGGUGAUGCCCCAGCAGCAGCAGCUGCCCCAGCACCAGCAGCUGCCGCCCCUGUUCCAGCCCCCACAGCUGUGCCUGAAGCAGCAUUCCCGGCAGCUGACCAGCCUCUGGGUCCUGUUCCUACAACUCUUGGUACACCUCCCUCAAUUCCAACUACUCCUCUCUCUGUCACUCCACAACCCCUUCCUAAGCCUGCAGCUCCUCCUGUUGUGGCCUCCGGAGAAAUGAAACCUCCUGGAUUGAGGUCAGAACACAACGUCAAGAUGUCCAGAAUGAGGUUGAGAAUUUCUGAGAGACUAAAAGAGGCACAGAAUACUGCAGCUAUGUUAACUACUUUCAAUGAAAUCGACAUGAGUAAUAUCAUGGCUCUACGAGGUAAACAUAAGGAUGCCUUUGUUAAGAAGCACGGAGUGAAGCUAGGUUUCAUGUCAGCCUUCCUGAAAGCUUCUGCAUCUGGUUUGAAGGAGAUGCCUGAGGUCAAUGCUUUUAUUGAUGGAAAGGAAAUAAUCUACCGUGAUUAUGUAGACAUCAGUGUAGCUGUUGCUACGCCAAAAGGCUUGGUUGUCCCAGUUUUAAGAAACGUGGAAACCAUGUCAUUUGCUGAUAUAGAGAAAGGGCUGACUGGUCUUGGUCAGAAAGCUCGGGAUGGGCUUUUGGCUAUUGAAGAUAUGGACGGAGGAACGUUCACUGUCUCCAACGGGGGAGUGUUUGGUUCUAUGUUCGGUACUCCGAUUAUCAACCUCCCUCAAUCUGCAAUACUUGGCAUGCACGCUAUUCUGGAGCGACCUGUAGCUGUUAACGGCAAGGUCGAAAUAAGGCCCAUGAUGUACGUGGCACUGACCUACGAUCACAGGUUAAUAGACGGGCGUGAAGCUGUUACUUUCCUGAAACGGGUAAAAUCUGCUGUGGAAGAUCCUGGAACUCUACUCCUAGACAUCUGAACGGGAGGAGGAUGUUUUGUACAUAGUUUACAUGAAAUUACUUAAUUAGAAAUAAAUUAUAAAUUGCACUGAAAACCUAUUUGAUAUUUUGCAUCCAUAGUUGCCGCUUCCAUCGGGAUUAAUAUACAAUAUUUCUUGAAAAUGAAUUAUAACACUGAGUCUAGUUAUUGAUUUAGGAUUAUUUGAAAACAAACCCUUAAAUUAUGUGAAUGGGUUAGAUAUAUCUUAAACAUGAUUUAAUUUGCUAUAAAAUAAGGGAUAAAAUAAAAGUAGAAUAACAAUCAGGUAAUUUUCUCGACCUCUAGGCUCCUCUAUUUGCUACAAAUACUUGGCGUUAUACGACUGUACAGCUUAUAUUGUAUAAUUUUAUAAAGAUCAGUAAGUAUCAUGGUUUCAACGGAUUGUACAAUAUUAAUAUCGCCUAUGAAGAAGGUACAAUGUGACUUACACAAUACCAAAUAGUUAUUUGCAA